UAAAAGACUGUUUAAUAAAACACCCGCAACGUUUCUUAAUUCAUUCCUUUUCUCUCUUAGGCUGAUAGCAGCCUAAAACCAUUUCCCCCUAAUUCCCCAUCGUCGUCUAGGGUUUUAUCUUCUCACUCGUCGUCACCAUGCCGCAAGGAAAUUACAUUGAGGAGCACAGGAAGAGAUAUGGACGCCGUUUCGAUUACUUCGAACGUAAGAGGAAGAAGGAGGCGCGUUCUGUCCAUGAAAACGCCAAGAAGUUCCAAAAUACUUUGGGUAUCAAGGGUAAGAUGAUUGCUAAGAAACGAUAUGCCGAGAAAGCACAAUUGAAGAAAACACUUAAGAUGCAUGACGAAACACCAAGUAGGCGUAAGGUGAAUGAUGAAGUUCAAGAUGGAGCUGUUCCUGCAUAUUUGCUUGAUCGUGAGCAAACAACUAGAGCCAAGAUCUUGAGCAACACCAUUAAGCAAAAGAGAAAAGAGAAAGCAGGGAAGUGGGAGGUUCCAUUACCAAAGGUUAGACCAGUUGCGGAAGAUGAAAUGUUUAAAGUCAUAAGGUCUGGGAAAAGGAAGACUAAGCAAUGGAAAAGAAUGAUAACGAAAGCUACGUUUGUUGGUCCGGGAUUUACUAGAAAACCACCAAAGUAUGAAAGGUUUAUUCGUCCAUCAGGAUUGCGGUUCACCAAGGCCAAUGUUACUCAUCCUGAAUUAAAAUGUUCUUUCAAUCUCGAGAUUAUUGGAGUAAAGAAAAAUCCCAAUGGUCUAAUGUAUAGCUCUCUUGGUGUCAUGACCAAGGGUACUAUAAUAGAGGUCAAUGUGAGUGAACUGGGUCUGGUUACACCAGCCGGGAAAGUAGUAUGGGGGAAGUAUGCUCAAGUGACAAAUGAUCCCGAGAAUGAUGGCUGUAUAAACGCAGUUUUGCUAGUAUGAUCAGGUCAGAAAGAAGGAACUUUAAUUAAGAUCAGUUGUAAUUUUGACACCUUUUCAGAGUUAAAUGUGUUUACUGCUAAAGAAUGACUCGUUUAUAAUCAACUUUCUUUUUUCCUUGAUCCUAUUCUGUAGUACUAGAUCUAGAUGGGUCUACACCGUUGAUUCGUAAGCUGUAUCACUGUUUGCACUUUGCAGAUACAUCAUACAGCGCAAUUAAUUGGUUACUUUAGUAAUGAUAACUUUUGAGUUGGAUUUUGUACAUGUUACUGUGCAGUUUACUAAAGAUUAAAUGCUUGAUAUUCGUACUUA